UUUCGGGCUUCGCCGCUCGUGGCUUCAGCUUUUGACCGAAGACGUGUCGGCCUGCCGCCGACCCCGAUACUUCUCCGCUGCUCUUGAUCAUCGUGCGCAAGAAAAAGGCUCUGACACCCAGGGUAUCCUCAUGUCAUGAAACACUUUUCCUUUAAUUCCUUUCCCGAAAAAAAAAAGAAAAAGAAAAAAAGAAAGAAAGAAAGACAAAAACUCGUGAGAUGAGUAAUUUUCUCGUGCAAUAUUUCAUACCUCCAGUGACACAACGUUACACUAUUAAAACAGGACGAAGAACCGUACUUUGCUUAUCACCCAUUUCGCACAAAAUCAGGGAUUAAUUCAUCUCCCUCGAUGAAACUUUUGAGAAAGAUAGGACUAAGGUUAGCUUGAUACUUUAGGUCCUUUGCAUGCGUACGUACAUUUCCAAUAUACACAUCAUUUUUGCUCCAAUCUAGUAAGUUCCGUUUUUUGUAGGGUAAUGAUUAAAAGCUCUUGCAACCUUAAAUGCUGCUGCAUGAAAAAAUAAUUGAUCUUUCCCAUAUAAAAUACUAUUACUAAUUAUACAAGUCGUUCUCAGUACAGUUCAGCAAACAUGUGCAGAAAUUAAGACCAAGUCCUCGGGUACUUUACUCAGUACACAAAGAAAAACUAAUUAUCAUAAUGAUAUUUCUAAACCUACAGGUCUAAAUUCGGUCCAUACUAUCUUCGUGCGUGAACACAACCGAAUCGCAACAUUUUUCAUAAAGAAUACAGACUGGGACCCCGAAAAGAUUUAUCAAGAAACCAGAAGAAUCGUCGGAGCAGAGCUACAAAUAUAACAUACGGCGAGUUCCUGCCAUUACUUUUGAGUGAGCACACGGUAGGUCCCUGCAAAGCUACACCCUACCUUUUUAGCAUGUCUCCGGAUUUCAAGUGACGGGGAUAUCGUUUGGGGACAACAAUCAAAACCCAAAAAACCCUUGGACCACAAGUUAACCCUUCCAAAAAUCCCAUGCCUAAUUUCCGAGCCUUAAAAAUUUCCAGAAAGAAUAACAUGUUAGUUGUACUUUAUUAGCAGGACUACUCGUCCUUCAGAUUGUUUUGAACACCCAAAACAGUACUGCAAUCUGUAACAGAAAUUGAAACGUUCCGUGUAACACUGGUUGCACAGGUAAAAAUUCGUCCCCCGUUCAAAGCGUUUUGUCCGGACCCGUGUUAACGAGGUCGAAACUACAUGAGUAGGUUUCUGUUUUAAAUGUCAAUUACUUUGAAUUAAAGGAAGGUUAGAGCGGCGCUUCUCAUUCCAGGGGCAGCCAACCACGGUUUCCUCAUAAAUACAUCGAAAACACUUUUUAGGCUAUCCAAAGUACUUUUAGAUCUCUAGAAAUGCAUUCUAAGCGGCGCUGUAAAAUCUGCAUCUGUUCGGUCAUCCUAGGGGAACUUGAGUCUCUUCAAAAUUACAAGGGCUUGGGUAUCAUUUUCCACAAAAUUUUAGAUGACAUUUGACUUAUUAUGAAAGUGAGACAUUUUUUAAUUCCUCUCUCCAUCACAAUUUUUUAAUCCGACAAUUUUAGGUUUCCUUUCUUCGACAAAAAAUAGCCUAACUUGGGACGUAAAAUUGAAAAAUUAAACUUCAGAAAAUCGCAGGGAAUUUAUUAGAUAAGCUUCGAAAAUUGUACAUGAAUAGAACGGUCAUUCUAUGCAAAUAUUUGCUUCUCCAAACAGAUAUUUACAGAAAACAGUCGUUGGGUGCCUCAGUCUGUUCUUCUUCCUGUCUGCAAAGAACUUGUUUUUCUGAUGGUACUUAUUAUACAGUCAUUUGGCUCCCGUAAGCGACCACCUCGGAUAAAAGUCGUUUUCUGGUUCAGCGAACGAGAAUGAACUCCUCCAAGUGACCAUGUGGCAAAUGAAUGCGCUCGCUUAGAACGCUUUUAUAUUGGCACAUUGUUGUUUAUGACUAAAAUACAGUCUGAUGAAAUAAUAAAACAGCUUUAUUUUUAUUCGAAGCUUUAUUACAUUCGAAGUUUUCGAAGAUAAUACAGUAUUAAUUAAGCCGUUGGCGUUUCUGUUACGUAUAACCCUGAAUUUGAGCAAGACGUUAAUUGGUUCAGUUCGGGUGUUGUCUGAGUGGUCGAAUAUGAAACUGAAGAAAGAGAGAAGAAACUGGUAUCUAGUCGGUGAUUAACAAAAGUGGUCAGCGGAGCGGUCGCUUACGAGAGUGGCCUUAAGUAGAAAAUUGACAUGUGGGAAGAAACGGAAAUUUUUCGUUGAGGAGAGGAAAUAAACGGAGACAAGCAAACUGCAAUCAAGCCCAGUGCUCGUGAACUUUCUCUAGUAAACAAGAGAUCCGAACUCGUUACUCUAAAAAGCAGCUAUAAAAACACUGAAUUCGCCACGUAACCACUCAAAAGAAGGGGAGCUCUAACCAUACUGUACUCGAUUAGAAAUUUGGUAUUUAAAACUUAAAAAAUUUACCCACAGCUCUUUAAGAGGCUCCUUGCGGGGUUUGGGGCGUGGUCUUCUGUGCCAGAGGUCCCGAGUUAAAUUCCCAGGGCUGAGCUCAAUUCUUCGUUUGGACCUCUUUCUCUUUCCGCGGAGCUUUGUGAGAGCUUUGCCACGAAAUUUAUUACAACUAAAACGGUGGAAACUGCCACCAAAUUGGGUUAAAAAUCAAAAUAACCAAUCAAAAUAUUAAAAAAGAUCAUAAACAUAGUCACUACAUUUGAAGAAGAUUGAAACGGAUGACAACUGCGGUUUUUAAAACUUGUUAGCUGAACAGUUUUUCAUGUUAUUCAAUACAUCCAAGUUCACUUUUAGUUGUUUAUUAUAACGUUUGGUAUAGUUUGAUUUAAUGCUUAAAAGACAUAUUUAAUUGUUUGACUCGAAGCCCUGAUUUUGUCAUUCACAAGUAAUUUCUUAAGUUCGAAUAGCGGACAAAGACGCGUAAUUGGCAUUAUCAGAGAAAAUGAACUAGACACAGCCCCUUUAAUUACCCGUAAAAUGAAGCAAUAACGGAGAGAGAAAGGUAAAUAAGUGCACCACAGGACUCAGGAUUGCAAGCCAGAUGAUGAUUAUUUCAAGCUACUAAACCUAAAAUAAAGACGAAUUUUUCGACCAUUUACCUUUAACUUCUUACAGAAUACUCUCCUUCUUUACAUUUGUAUUUAGCUCUACGCGUGAUUAUGCAUAAAACGCAAAUAAUGUAUAUAUUGCACCCGUUUACAUAACAAAAAAGGUUUAUUUUGUGUUUGUUUACUUUCACCACUAUUUAGAGAAAAGAAUUUGGUCUUGUACUUCUUGAGGGAGAGGAGUUUUUCACUGGCUAUGACAAAGAGGAAAAUGCUCAAACAUUAACAGCCUUUGCCGUAGCUGCAUAUCGAUUUGGCCACAGUUUGGUUCAAGAGCUUUUCAAUCGAUUCUCUCAAGAUGGCUUUGAACACAAAUGCAGCAAAUGUAGCAAAGACAAAUUACAAUUCCAGCCAAUCCCAGUACUGGACUUCAAUAACCCAGCACCGUUGUACGCUGUAUGUAAAGGAGGUGUCGACGCCAUUUUGAGGGGCUUACUUAAAGAUCCUGCAGCGAAAGCUGACGGGUGAGUGAAGUUAUCGCAUGCACGUACACACAGUCCUUUUGAUUUGCUUAAUGUGCUUGUUUAGGAGAAAAGUUCAGUGUUGCUUUUAGGGUAUGCAUAGUUGUGAGCCUGAUAGGUUUAAGACCGAUUCGCGCGGAUUCAAGAAACUUUGCAACAGAUAAUUUAGAGUUAGUUUGAAGGAUCCGAGCUCACGCUCGGCGGGCUAGAGGAGGUUUUAUUAUAGCCAAAUUCAAGGAAUUAUACUGCGUUCUUUCUGUACCUUGAAGACCCUUGAAAUGCUUUCGCUUUGGUCAUGGUAAUCAAGUGGUUACAACAUACUCUGCAUAGGCGAUGAAUAGAUCCAAUCGGCGCCAUUAUUAUACACUCUACUCACUAUCUGUCUUCUCUUUGGGUAAGAGCCUAUAGUUAGGAAAUCACCGAAUUCACUGCAACCAACAGAUAGGUUAGUCCUGUGGACGAGGUUGGCUGAUCUUUAGGUUGCCACGCAAUGCACUACUUUUAUACGCCUUUCUUCUAUUUUACUUACUGAUCUUUUUUGUUUGUUUGCUUUGUCGUACAGGCGUUUUUCAACUUCAGUCCAAGAAAACCUAAGUCGCGGUGAAGGUGAUACGUCUGACUUAAUCGCUAUUAACAUUAGAAGAGGGCAUGAUCGGGGACUGCCUAGCUACACCAGGUUUCGCCGCUUUUGUGGCCUUCCACUCGUUAGAAAUUUCUCUGACUUGGUAACGGUUGCCAAUUUUGACAAAAAGGUCGUUGCCGCAUUGGAAAAAGUUUACAAGACAGUUGAAGAUGUAGACAUGUUCACCGGAGGUAAGUCUGGAGUAACGAUCACGUUCUUCCCAUAAUCAUAACUAUAACAAAAUUCUCAAUUCUGCUUGGCUAUUAGCCUGCACCACAGACGAAACUAAACUCUGGUAAAAUUACAUUUGCGAAGAAAGCUAAUUGGCUAACAACCGUUCUGAUUUCAGCACUAAUAGGACAGUGUAAUUGGACAGUACGCGUAAUCGCGGGCGCAUUUGAAUGUUUUGUUGUUUUUAGACUGCUUGCAGUCCGAAUUUCUCUAAAAUCCGUCUAGUUCUUAUCUCAGCAAGCGCGAUUGCAAACCACGACGUUAUGUUACAAUAAGGGAUUGGGACCAGACGACAAAAGAUGGACUGCGGACCUCUUUUGUAGUAAACAAACCCUCCGUUAGCCCAGAAACGGAGUAACCGAUUUGUCAAUUUUACAGCUUUUGGCAGAUCAUUGACUGGUCUGUGGUGGAGAGCAAGCGAUAAAAAUAGUCACUCGUCACAACUAACUACUAACAAUUACGAAGCUGUCGGUAAUCGCUUGUAAACUUAAACGUUUAACGAUAUCUUACGGAAGGAAACUGCUGUAAAUUUCCUCAAGGGAAAGGAAUUCAAGGUAAUCUUACCGGAUUUUAAAAAAAGUAAAAUUUUUCCGUUGUUUAUGUUCUAUUUAUAAAUCGUUUCAAGUUACUCGGGUUUAAUUGGUUAAUUAAAUUACCUUGACAGCUUCGUUGUACCCAGACAGAAUAAAAGGUAGCAAAAACUCUCACAUUUCUUGUAUUUUAAUUAAAAAAGACUUAUAACAUCACAAAUUUCUAUAGCUAUGAUUAAUUGGUAACAGACCUUAGUGUUGUCCUAUUCGGUUUGUAAUCAUAUAUACUCGUGAUUAAACUAACUCCACUCAGUCUGAAGUAUAGCAAAAAUCUUCGCGAAUCUGACUAGCCGUUAGCCAUCCACGAUUGCAACAUUUUUUCCACAUUUUGAUGGGAAAGUGCAUGCAUUAUGCUUGAGUGCGAACAGGCAUGCAGUUUACAGUUGUUGUUGUUUUUGUUUUUGGCUUUUUGGCCUUUUUUUUUCUGGUCAGUUUUGGGGCUGGAAUGCAGCACAAACAAAGAAAAACUUACAACAAUUGAAUUGGACUCACCUAAUUUGUUAUUACCACUUUUGUGGUUGAAAAGUAAACUUCAUUUGCUACUUCGAUCUCUUCUCAGGAAUGCUUGAACCAAGUGAUCCUAAAGGAGGAGAACUCAGUGCAACAUUUCAGUGCAUUUUAGCAAAUCAGUUCAAACGCACCAAAUUCGGAGAUCGCUUUUGGCAUGAAAACGCACCUAACGUAACCUUAAACACCGACAAGACAGCAUUCAACAGUUGUCAGCUAAAAGAAAUCAGGAAAACACGCUUUUCCAGGAUAAUAUGCGAUAACAGUGAUGACAUUACCUCAAUUCAAAAAGACGCUUUGAUGCAGUCUUCGGUAAGGGUCAGUUGCGACGAAUUGCCAAAGAUAAACCUUAAGGCAUGGAUUACAGAUUGUCCAUCGAGGUAAGUGAGAGGACAGCUGUUCAUUUCUUUUAAUCAAAAUUUUCCUGUUUCUUUCUGGUUGCGUUUGUUACAGAAUAAAUAGUGAUUAGUGGGAAGAAGGUGUUUAAAAAUUUGAAAGAAAAUUCGUCUUGGGUGUAUGAUUAUAUCACUUCGUGGGAAUAAAAGUUUCAAUUUCUAGUUUCAUAUUAAACAAAUGUAUCACGGCAAUGUUAAACACACCGCCCCCUAUGAUUUAUUCAUUUACUCAUUUCGGUUUUCCUAAAGUCGGUAGCCCACUAUCUUGACUUCUUAUGGUAAACAAAAACUGAGAAUAGCAAAAAUUGUCCAUGGGAAUACCGAGAUGCGAUGUUUUUUGGGGGGGUGGGGGGCGAGGGGCGAAGGGGGGACACUGCAGCGGGCUCUCAAAGUAGGCGAUCCUUCUUAAUCAUAUUUCACUACUGUACAGGACUCCUACUGACGCCGUCGAUAGGCAAAAGCUCGAAUUUUUUUUUCAAUAUCCUUAUGUUUAAACAAAAUGCAAAUUCUCUGGACUGUCUAAAUCACUAAAGCAUGAAUCUGAUCCGCAAAAAAAGUUUGAUAUCACGUGCCGAUCGCCUCCCGUGGUGCUAGCCAUUACAUCAAUCUCGAACAAAACGCCUUUACGUUUAGCGAAGAUGGGAAGGAGAAACUUUGAAAUUUCACGCGUCUUCGGCGCAUGCCGCGAGAAUGCACGCGCAAAAACAAUUCCGCCAGGUAGACAAGCUAAGACAACUAAGUCAACUAAAGAAGUCGUGACCUUCACCACUUCCAUAUACCGUAUUAACUCGAUUAAACGCCGCGGUGUUUAUUACUUUAUAACUUCAAAAUCUCAGUUCUUAUAUCACUGAUCGAGCAGUUACGAUGUAUCAUUCAUAAAUAUUACGUAAAACAGAAAGGUGUUCUAAGUCUCCCUUGCCUGCUGAGAUAAAAUCGUAACUGUCCGGAAGGGUGUUCAUUACCGAGCUGCAAGUUGUUUCAUUUUUUUCACGAGUUAAGUUAAACUCAACAAAUUGGCCCUCUCCCAAUGUAUCGGUCUUCAUAGCUCAGUUGGUAGAGCACUGCAGAGCUAACACAGAGGUCAUGGGUUCGAAUCCCGUUGAAGUUCAAAAUUUGGGGGGGGUUAAUUUCCAACUGGUUGAUUACAAUUACCACUGCGACGAUCAUAUCUUUAUUAAAAUGAGUUUCUUUUCUUAUUAUCUUCGAAUAAACGCCCCAUUCUUCUGAUUGGGCGCGACAUUUAAUCGAGUAAAUACGGUAAUCAAUGUUUGUUUGCAUCUGUUCAAGGAUACUCAAGCAACGGACCUCACGCGAUCCAACACUGAAGUAAGGGGAGAGGGAGGUGGGAGGGAGGAGUCAUUUUCCUAAUAUUUAAGUUAUAAUUUCACAAGAGCAGGAAAUGUAAAUUUUAAAAUAGGAUACUCUCUCAAAAGCGUUUUCGCAACCGUUGAUGUAUCUGUGUUCUUUUUUUUCUUCUGCACAGUGACUCUGUGUACAGCGACGAGCCUGAGGACACGCAUGAUGAGUUUUAAAUGAAGAAAGCAGAAUCACUCGCUCAUCAUAUGGCUUUCAAUUAGACUGCAUUUAGGUUAGAAGAAACAUACAUGUAUACCAUUAUUUUGCACAAAGUCAUGACACCCUUCUUGGGCGAAUUGUAAUUAUAUUUUCGAGUUUUUCUUUUCUUUCGAUCGGUGAGAUGUGACGUUUGAUUUUUACAGUGAAAGGGGCUGUGACGUCACGGUUGUCUGGUUCAUAUUGUUUCGCUAUAGAACUUGGAAAUUUUACUUGUAAAUUACACAAACACCGAAAGCUUCGUCUCAAAC